CGCCUAUUCCGGAGGUACGAUCCUGGAGCUAUAGAAUACAAGAGAUCCGCCUGCCACGAAUGCAAUUGCUUACCAAUUGAUCACCGUAUACAGGUCUUGAUACUUCCACCAUCCUCUGCUGGUUGAUUGAGCAGGUAGAGAAAACCAACCAACCCCGGCGCUCCCCUCCCGAGCUGUAAUAUUAACCCGAGUGACUCGACAGGGCUACACCGUCGUCUGCUUCCUCGCCAAUGUCGGCCAGGAGGAAAACUGGGAUGAGGUCCGCGCCAAGGCCAAGAAGCUUGGUGCUGAGGAGAUGGUGAUCCUCGACCUCCAGCAGGAGUUCGUUGACCAGAUCGUCUUCCGUGCCAUCCAGUGCAAUGCCAUCUAUGAGGACCGCUACCUCCUCGGCACCUCCCUCGCCCGCCCCAUCAUUGCCCGUGCCCAGGUCCGCGUUGCCGAGCAAUACAACUGCGAGUUCGUCUCCCACGGCUGCACUGGCAAGGGCAACGACCAGGUCCGCUUCGAGCUUGCCUUCAAGGCCUGCAACCCCGAGAUCAAGGUCAUUGCUCCCUGGAGACUUCCCGAGUUCUGUGCUCGCUUCCAGGGUCGUCAGGAUCUCCUAAAGUACGCCGCCGACAAGAACAUCCCCGUCUCCUCGACCCCCAAGGCCCCUUGGUCCAUGGAUGACAACCUUGAGCUCUGGACCCGCACUGUUGACCCCCAGGACGCCCCCAACACUCCCCAGGAGUUCACCAUCGUCUUUGAGAAGGGUAUCCCCGUUAAGGUCAUUGUCGAUGGCAAGGAGACCACUGGCUCUGUUGAGCUCUUCAAGCUCCUCAACAAGAUUGGUCACGACCACGGUGUUGGCCGUGUCGAUAUCGUUGAGAACCGCUUCAUCGGUCUCAAGUCCCGUGGCUGCUACGAUACUCCCGGUCUCACCAUUGCUCGCCUUGCCCAUCUUGACCUUGAGGGUCUUGUUAUGGACUCUAGGGUCCGUGAGCUCCGUGAUCAGUUCGUCACCAUCUCCUGGUCUCGUCAGCUAUACAACGGCAUGUACUUCAGCCCUGAGCGCGAGUUCGUCGAAAACUCCAUCAUCUUCUCCCAGCAAAACGUUACUGGUGAGGUCCGCAUGAUGGCCUACAAGGGUAACGCCUACGUCCUCGGCCGCAAGUCCGAUGCCAGCAACCUCUACUCCGAGGCCGAUGCCUCCAUGGACUCCCUCGAGGGCUUCUCCCCCAUGGACACCACUGGUUUCAUUGAGAUCAACGCCAUCCGCCUCAAGAAGUACGGUCUUCAGAAGAUCAAGGACGGCAAGCCCCUCACCCAGUCUUGAAUGUCGACAGGCAAGUCGGAUACAAAGAUCAUAAUCGGUGAAAAGGGACGACUGGAGGUUUCUUUGCGCACGUCGCCCCGGGCAGAUGGCCAGCCUCACUCGACACAUAAAGCUAGCCAUGUCCAAUCCGCUUCUUGCAUAUGAAGCAAUGAUAGAAGGAAUAGGCGCUUGAGAGUGGAGGAUUGCCUUGGGGCAUAAAAAUAUAUGGUACAUAUAGACAGACGGCUCAAAAUGAAAACACCUCAUCCCUGCUG